ACAGGAACAUGGACAUCAUUUGCUCUAGAUAUUAAAUCUUAUUUUUGUGGGAGUAACUUACAACUUUAAUUGUAUGAGAAAAAAAAAUCAGAAACAAAAUCUCACAAGUGUACAAUACGGCUCUGGCUGCCUCCUGCCUGCGAGGAAUCACCUCUCGAGCCUCUCGAGCUGGUUGAACCCAACCAGCUAGGCUAGCGGCUCGCCGUCGCCAACCGACCAAAAUCACCAAACCCUCGCCGCCGCCGGGGUCCGAUCAGACCGAGCGGAGCGGGAUGUCGCUGCCGGUGCUGAUGGACGAUCUCGUCGACCGGAUCAUCAUCCGCUUCCCUCCCGAAGAACCGGAGCUUCUCGUUCGCGCCUCCCUCGUCUGCAAGCGCUGGUGCCGCCUCAUCUCUGACCCCGCCUUCCGCCGCCGGUUCCGCAAGCUCCACCGCGCGCCCCCGAUGCUGGGCGUCUUCUGCACCCGCCAUUCGGUAUCCUCCUUCGUUCCUACCUCCUCCGUCCCACUCCCCCACGCCAUGCGCAGCAAUUGGCGCGCGAUCGACUCCCGCCACGGUCGCGUCCUCCUCCGCAGUUUGCCCUGGGGGCACGACUUCCUGGUGUUGUCGGCGGGUAACCUCCUUGUCUGGGACCCCAUCACGGACGAACAGUGCCCGCUGCCCAAGCUGCCGGAUCAACUAUUUUCCCGGGUACCGUGCACCUGGACCGCCGCGGUGCUCUGUGCUGCGGCAGAUGGCGUCUGCGACCACAUCGACUGCCACAGCGGAGGCUCCUUCCUCGUUGUCUUCAUGUGCACUGCCGCCAGAGAGGCAUUCACCUGUGUCUACUCAUCAGAGACUGGUGCGUGGAGCGAACCGACCUCUGCUAAGCUCCGCCAUGCCGAGGUCUGUUUGUCCCCUAGCGUUCUUGUGGGCAAUACACUCUACUUUAUCUCUGAUCACUGUGGGAGGAGUUUGAAAAUUCUGGAACAUGACGUGGAAACACAGGAAACAUCUCUGAUUCGUCUGCCACGUACAAACUAUAGGCAAAUUGCUCUAGUGAAGAUGGUGGAUGGUAGGCUGGGAUUUAGUGGCGUGCAUGAGUCCAAACUCUACUUGUGGUCGAGGGAGGCUGGUUCUGAGAAAUAUGCAGGAUGGGCACAAAGCCAAGUCAUUGAUCUAGAGACACUGCUCAGGCCGUUAGGUACCCUGAUGGACUCGCUCGAUGUGAUUUGUUUUGUGGAUGGUGUUGCUGCCAUUUUCUCGGGAACAGAUGAGGUAUUUGCUAUUGAUCUGAAGUCUGGUCGGAUUACAAAGAUAGGUGAGCUCAUGGGCAUCAACAACAUUGUUCCCUACAUGAGCUUCUACACACCAGUGCGCUGAAAAGUUAGUGCUGUUUAGCCUUAGAGCGCUUGUUGCGGCCGCUACAGGUGGGGGACCAAGAGCAUGAAACACCCAGCAGUGCAAUCCCUUCUAAAUUGAGAAGUGUCUAAUGAUGAUCGUAGAUGGUAUUAGCGUUUUUCUCUUCUCGUAACUCUUUGAAGGCUGCUCCUGAGGAGCUUGAUGCAAUGGCAUGGCAUCUUUGUUAAUUCGUUUCCUCUACUGCUAUAGUGCUAUGUCAAACAGAUGUUGUGUAGUGCCUACAAUAUUUUGGGGACCUCCUGGAUGUUCCAUUUGGAUUAAUAAAUAUUGGAUGAUGAUAUCAAGUAGGCGGAGGCGUGUCUCUUUGCGAUGCUGCUUGCUAUAGUUAUAUGUCGGGUGCUCCUGGCAAUGUUGCCUGUUGAAUACUAUUUUGCAUUCUUCUGU